AUGGCAGAGUCCAAACCAAGAAUACCAGGCACAGCCCAGCACUUUUUAGAAUCUGGCAUUAAAGACUGUGAGAGAAACUAUGAAUUUUACUGCAAUCCUUGCCACCAACAGAUGUGUAAACAAUGCAGAGAUGAACAUCUGAGAAGUCCAGAACCAAAAAACCAUGAGGUCGUUCUAUACCAAAUACGGAAACCACAGCUUCCAGUGAAGAAAUGCAAGAUCCAUCCCACCAAGAAUAUCGGUCUUAUCUGUGGAGAUUGUAAAAUUCCUUUAUGCUCCAAGUGUGCUGCCACUCCAGAAUAUCGAGGUCAUGCCUUCACUGAUUUAGAGACUAUCUAUGCAGAAAAAUUCUCACUCUAUCUAGAAGAAAUUACCAAAAUACAGGAGUAUUUUCUUCCCACAUCACAAAACAUACAGAAAGACAUUGAAGAAGAUGCUACAGAAAUCAAGGUAGAUCAUGGACAACUUAAGAAUCUCCAAGGAGGCUGA